CCUUGUUUGUCUUCUGAAGCGCUGGCAGAAGUUUUUUUUUUUCUCCGCGAGACUUCCGCGGUGUGCUCGCCGAACAAGUUAUCUGAGAUAAAAAGACGACCACAAAAGUGUUUCCUCUUAUGCGGUCCCAGGUGUUCUGAGCCAUGCCUGGCCACAGCACAGGGGCUCCCCAGGUGUCCCGCCACCACAAGCACCACGUCGCCAGCUCCAGGGCGGACAAGUACCGGCCCGCCCGGACCAUAUCCAGGGACAACGCGCCCCACCAAGACGCCUCCAAGGCUCCUCGUGGGGAGCAUAUGCAUGAGCACAACACUGACCACACCCGGUAUUCGGAGAACAAGUAUGGUCGCAACAGAGGCCACCCACGAAACGGCACGGGUCGAGGCUCAGAGACUAUAGGAUUUAUCCCCGGGUCAGCGGACACCACGCCUGCCAGCAGACAUGCCUGUGGCUCCUGCGCCUCCAUGGGCUGGACUGGCUGUAAGGCUCUUAUCUGCUGCGUACUGACCUGUGGAUUUUAUGGCAGUAGAGAGCCCUGCCUGCCCGUUAACGAGAGCUCCACGGACCACCCCCCUAAAGCAGGCAUUGAGCCUCACCCUCCCAAUGGCAUGGCUGUGACCAAUCCCACUUGUGGUGUCCCUUUGGAGUCCAGCAAGUCUCCUAAAGCCUCCAAGUUGCCCGCGAGUGACAGCUUCCGCUACCCGGAUGUGCGCAUCGCCGGUCAGACGGUAAGGUAUCCGGUUGCUGCCCCAAAACGAACCCGUACGCCCGGCAAAGGGGAAAGCCAGCGGCCUGUGAGCAACACCAGCCUGUUGUCCCGCGAUGACUAUGACCUGGACGACCUGAGUGACACGGGCACAGACAUUGACUCCCUCAUCACCAAAAAGCUGCUGGAGCUUUACGCCCUGCACCAGAUUGACCAGCUGGCCAAGUGCACCUCUGACUCCUCUUUCUCCCGCAAGACCAACGAGAUCAGCGAGCUCAUCUACAGCAUCGCUCAGGACUACAACCUGGAGGAGCAGGAGGCCGAGUGCAAGCUCGUGCACGGCGUCAUCCGCAUCAGCACGCGAAAGGGCAAGAGGAACAAGAGCCAUCCGUCAACGGGACAGCGGCCUAAUGGGAGGAGCGACGGGACUCUCCCUGACAGUGGCAACGAGACCAUGACCAACACUUUCGUCAGCAGCGACUUUCCAGAGGUGAAAGUGUCGGAGCAGACGCCAUCGGACGAGUUGGCGAGGAAAAUGAGGCACUACAGCGGGAGAACUUACUCCUCCAGCACCGCCACAGCCUACUCGCCCUACCAUCACAACACGGAGGCAAACUCUUCAGGCGCUCCUAUUCUGCUCUGAAGGGUGACACAGACACAGGUCGUACCUGUACCGACAAGAGACGUAGCCAAUCAGAUGGACAAUGAUAUUCUUCUGCUAUUAUUUUUGUUGUUGCUGUUACUGAGUGGAGCACCUUUUUGUUACCAGGGGCGGUGCUACUUCUGCUUUUAGUGGUCCGGCUAGUGUUUGCUAUUGGAGUGCCAUUUAAAUUUGUGGACUUUUCUUUUUUUUUCUCUCCAGCAAAUGACCCACUGAGGAAACAAUUGAUGUGUGGGUGUUCUUUUUAGUUUUUUUUUUUUUUUUACACAGGGAAAGACAAUGCCAGUGUGUAUGUAUUUGUAUGCGUACACAUAUGUUUCAAGUUGUUUUCAGAAAAAGAAACAUGACUACACUCCAUGCAAUCUCAGCAGUGAGAGCCAGAGGAUAGAGACUGGUGGUAACGUAACUGUCCUCAUUCUUGUCUGUGAUUGUUUAUGCAAGCCAUUGUUAUGUAUAUGUACCUAUGGGCUUUUUGAAUCCUGCCAUUUAGACUCCUUGAAAGCAUGUAUUGACCUGAAAACUGCAUUGUUAAGCCAUAUUUUGAUGUACAUAUUUUAAAUGUCAAUGUUACUGUCUGGGUUUUUAAACCAUUUGUGGCAUUGACCACAGUUUUUUUUAAU